AAAAACAAUAAGGAGACAAAUUUUUAAUAGUGAUCAAAAAAGAGAAUAAAAUCAGCUGCUGUAUGCCUAUGAAAUAUUUACAUCCCAAGUGCUAAGAAGCAGACGAGGAGGAGCAUCAGCAGCAGAUACUCGGAAGACAAGGACCGGCACAAUGCUCAGUUCUUUGGAUGCGUUGGCCGGUAAAAUAGCCACAGCGGCCACACCAGGAACCGGAGCGGUGACGGCCACAAGUACUCCAACCACAAAUGGUGCUGGUGGCUUAAUUGUUGGUGGUGGUGCUGGCGGAGCAGCCACAGCGGCAGUUGGACAGAAAUCCACACAAAAUCAUCUUCCGCAUCAUCAUCAUCAUCUGCAUCAUCACCAUCAUCUCCAUCGUUUGGAUUAUGAUUAUUCAGCAGUGGAAAUCGAACCACCAGCCGAACAAUUGGCCAAUUCACCGCGAAAUGAAAGGGAAAGAUUGCAACAAGCCCAACAGACUUACGAACAGCAGGCUCAGGCUGAACUUGAAUUCGGUCUGGCCGAGGUAGUGGAUACCAAAAUCAAUAUGAAUACCACCAGCAAACAGUUGGUAACCACCCAAUUAAAUGGCCAUAACAAUCUGAAUCAACUUAGCACAGGAGCGACGCAUACAAAACUCAAGACGACAAGUCGUCAUAAUUUGAGUCGUCAUAACAAUAAUAAUAAUAAUAAUUUGACAACCAGCCAUCAUCUGCAUCAUCAUCAUCCCUAUCAACGUCCUCGGCCCGCCUCGCCUCAACUGCAGUCGCCAUAUCAUCAUCAAUUACCUAGCUUGGCUGCCCUCCAUGAUCAUCACGAGCUGCUGCAAUCCAGUCCGGAAUUAUUCCACAAACAAUUUGCCAAUAUGCAGGAAUAUCAGUGUGAGCGAGAGCGCGAAAGAGAAAGGGAACGGGAGCGUAACUAUAAUGAUAGCAGCGAUUAUGACUCACAGCAAGAGUACAAAAUUUGUCUGAAGGAUAGUGCAUUUGGAAUGAGCGAUAAGAGCAGCAGUGCAACCAACAGCCUUCCGAAUAGUCCCAUACAUAGCAACAACAACAAUAAUUCGUUGCUCAAUAACAACAAUAGCAUUGGUAGCAGCUGUAGCAGCCACAAUAACAUCAACCCAAAUCUUGGUGGCAGCAACAAUUCUCUGGUGGGCAGCAAUAGCAGCACAAUUGCAGCCGCCGCUGCUGCAGCGGUUAACGGUAUUAUGUCCACGACAGGUUUGAUGGGCAACACCAACGGCAAUAAUAACAACAACAAUAAUAAUCCAUGCAGCGCGAAUCGUAAUAUGGUGGUCGGCAUGGACGAUGAUUCAUGCUUCCGUUUGGAUACCGAUGCAACCGUUACCUAUGGCGAGAAGGAGCCCGAUCCGGAUAAUAUUAAAAUGUUUGUGGGUCAGGUACCCAAAUCAAUGGAUGAAACGCAAUUGCGUGAAAUGUUUGAAGAAUACGGUGCAGUCCAUUCGAUAAAUGUGCUGCGUGAUAAGGCCACUGGCAUUAGUAAAGGUUGCUGUUUUGUGACGUUUUAUACGCGACGUGCCGCCUUGAAGGCUCAGGAUGCUCUUCACAAUGUGAAGACCUUGAAUGGGAUGUAUCAUCCUAUACAAAUGAAACCCGCCGAUAGUGAAAAUCGCAAUGAACGUAAGUUGUUUGUGGGCAUGCUAAAUAAGAAACUAAACGAGAACGACGUACGCAAAUUAUUCGAAGUUCACGGAGCCAUUGAGGAGUGCACAGUGCUGAGAGAUCAGAACGGACAGAGUAAAGGUUGUGCCUUUGUCACAUUUGCCACAAAACACGCUGCCAUUUCGGCCAUUAAAGUGACGCUUAGUCAGAAUAAAAUUAUGGAGGGUUGCACAUCGCCGUUGGUUGUCAAAUUUGCCGAUACACAAAAAGAAAAGGAGCAAAAGAAGAUUCAACAGAUACAGGCAAAUCUAUGGAACUUGGCCACUAAUAUAAACAUACCAUUGGGCCAAACGCCGACAAGUGUUUCCACGUCUAUAUUGCCAAACCCACCGCAACAACCGUCGCCAGUUUUGGGAGCAGAUGCCUUAACACCCGCCUCCAUUCAAUUGCUGCAACAGUUGCAGGCAGUGGGAUUGCAACAGCAAUUGCUGCAAGCCCUGACUGGAUUGGGUGCUGCUCAGCAGCAGAAUAAUCAAACUCAGGAUGCUGCCACGGCCAGUGCUGCUGCUGCGGCUGGUCUACUCUCACCGAUGACUGUUCAGAAUCUGGCAGCUAUUGCGGCCAUGGCAGGACAGCCAGGACUGUCGAAUGCUGCUGCAGCAGCCGCUGCCACAUCGCCGGGCAGUGCCCAGCUGACAAAUACAGCUGCCUUAUUGUGGUCCGAUCCAAAUCCAUUGGCAUCGGCAUAUAUGUCAACAGCCGCUGGUUUACCGCAAUUUGGCAGCGCUGCAUUGUCCACAUCGCCAUUGGCUAGCGUCGCUCUAAGUGCCGCAGCUGCAGCUGCCGCUGGCAAGCAAAUUGAAGGUCCCGAAGGCUGUAAUCUUUUCAUAUAUCAUCUGCCGCAAGAAUUCACCGACACGGAUUUGGCCUCAACCUUUUUACCCUUUGGCAAUGUGAUUUCGGCCAAGGUGUUUAUCGAUAAACAGACUAGUCUAUCGAAAUGCUUUGGCUUCGUCUCAUUCGAUAAUCCCGAUUCGGCUCAAGUGGCCAUUAAGGCCAUGAAUGGUUUCCAAGUGGGCACAAAACGCUUGAAGGUGCAACUCAAGAAGCCCAAAGACGCCUCAAAGCCUUACUAAGGCGGAACGGGAAGGAACCGGCGAAGACAUAAAUAUCAGAUCAACCGAAAAUGUUUAUAUUAGCAAACGAAAUUAAUUUGUCAAAUGGAGUAGUCAAAAUGCGAAAA